GACCCUGACACACAUUCACAUCGAGGGCAGCAGACUACUCUGCACUCCGUGUCGCCGUGCCGUUAAUUGCAUUAACUUUGUCAAGUUUUGACGCACUUUAGACCUACAGCAGGGUGCCGGAGCCCACCACGUCUGCCGAAAAUGUUGCUCGGCAAUGCGGACGAGAUACUGGACAUUUUUAAGGCGUUUGUGCCAUAUUACCUGCUGAUUGCUCUGCCCCUGAUGAUCAUAAUCUCACCGGUAAACCCCGUGGAAGCGGCUCAGGAGUUCCAGGCGUACCGCAUGCAGCAAUAUGACUUGCACGGAGUGCCCCACGGCUGCCGAUCAUCAGUGGUGAGUCUGGACGGAAGGGGUUUAGGUAGCUGGUCCUCCAGUCGUCACUGUGUUGUGGCUCGCAUUGAAGACCUGACUGUUGACCUUUACCGGGAGAUCAGAAGCCGAGCAGGGGCACUUCUUGUUAUUCUGCCCAAACAAGAAGAAAUUGCCAAGUUAUCUGACACGGCAAAGCAGCAUAUUCUUAACUUGGAACAAGCAAUGAUGCAGCAAGAAACUCAAAUCCCAGUUUACUUUUCUCAUUGGGUUCCUGAGGUUCAGUCUAUUUUAGAUGACAUUGAUGAAAUUUCUCCCACAUCCACUCAAAAAGGAACAGCUGCUGAAGCAUUACUUAGUCAAAUUUCAGCUAACGGAUAUCAAAUUGUUGUUGGAGCUAAUCACCCAUCUCUGCGAUCUGACAUCAGCAUUGCCUCAAUUCAUGGCAAACUGGUUGGAAAUGGACAUGAAGAUAAAUUACCCACAAUAGUUUUAGUUGCUCAUUACGACAGUUUUGCUGUGAUCCCGGGUGGAGCUUAUGGUGCUAAUUCUAAUGCUGCUGGCGUUGCCAUGAUUCUUGAACUGGCAAGAGUGAUGUCUUCUCUAGCCGAUUCUCGCACUCAUCCCCGUUACAACUUGGUCUUUUUACUGCCUGGAGGCGGCAAAAUGAACUACCAAGGAAGUAAGAAAUGGUUAGAGGACCAAGUUGAUGGCGAAAAUGCUUUACCUCAGGAUAGUACCUAUGUUCUUUGCCUGGACUCGAUUGCUGGGUCUGGUCCUCUGUAUUAUCACGUAUCCAAACCACCAAAGGAAGGAAGUGUUGGUGAUCGCCUGAUUCGGGCACUGAAUCUGGUCGCAGAGCAAGAAGACCCACCCACUAAUGUGCAGCUUAAUCACAAAAAAAUUAAUCUGGCUGAAGAAACAUUGGCUUGGGAACAUGAAAGAUUUAGUAUGAAGAGACUUCCAGCUGCAACCUUGUCAACGCUGAAGAACCAUAAAGACUAUAUGCGUACCACUAUUUUGGACACCAAAGAUCAGUUAGACAUGUCUAUUGUUGUGAGGAACACUCGCAUAAUUGCUGAAGCACUAGGCAAACACAUAUUUGCUUUGAACUCAGGAAAGAUCUUCAGUAAUCAAUUGGGUGUUGAUGAAAAUUCUCUUCAAAUGUGGAUGGAUUAUCUAACUGGAACACCGCGGUCCUCUCAGCUAUUGGCUCACAAAAAUAAUCAAGUUGUGAUAGCAUUGAAGGAUGCAUUGGGAAAGUACCUUAAAAAUGUGAAGGUAACACACAUGGUGCCAGACAAACGCGACCCUGAACUGGCAUUUUAUGAACCUACAAGGACAGUCAUGAAUGUGUACAGUGUCAAGCCGGCUAUUUUUGAUCUCAUCUUGACUUUUGCCAUCAUUGCUUAUUUACUUAUUAUUUAUCUGGUACUUAUGAACUUCUCUUCUAUUUACAAAGUGGCUACAGUCAUUGUGGGAGUGCAAAAGAGCAAGUCUUACUAGAAUAAACAGCAAGUAAUUUGAUGAGCUAAUUUAUUGUUAAUUAAGUUGGUUAAUCUGGUUUAGAACUUGUUACUUUUGCACAUUUUGUGUUUGACUUAAAAUUCUGUGUAGCCUUCAUCAGUCUUAGACCACCUAUUACAAUUUUUUUUUCCUUCCCAACGAUUUAUAUCUAUCUUCAUGAAAUGUAUUUGCCACUAGCCUUUCUUGUAAUGCUCCUGUGUUCAUUGUUUUUAGUUAAGGCUAGUCUCAGCUGCUGUUUUUACGAAUUUGUAUGAUGUGUUAUUUGUUCCUCACUGAGGCUGUUGUAUUUACAGUAUGUUUUUUGCUUGUAUUUAAUCUCAUUUGAGAGAUUACAUUCAGGGUGAAAAGUU